GUGAACUUGGAGAGUGUAGUCAGUGUUACUUCAUAACAUGGUCAUCAAAUACGCAUUUAAAAUGUGUUGCAAUGGAAAGUAUCUUCUGCUUUUGUGAACCAGCACUGUUGUGUGAAGUCAGGAAAUUUCUUCACUGAUUCUGACCUAAUGUAUAUUAGACCUCUAGAGAUGCUUCAGAUCACUUUCUUCACCAUCAUCAUCAUUGCUGUACUACAUACUCACUCAGCUGAUGAUAUCUACUUUGCUGUGAUGCCUCAGACAGUAACAGCUCUGACAGGCUCUUGUGUGCAGAUUCCUUGCACAUUCAACAUCUCUAAUUUUGAGGGCAAACGUAACGUGGCAAAAUCUAUUUAUGGGAUCUGGCUGAAAAAGAAAUCACAGACUGUUGAAAGAGAUGGUUUUAUAGCUUUUAAUAGCAGUGAAAACAUCAUUAGAGGAUUCAGUGACAUACAAUUGACUGGAGAUCUUAGUGAGAGGAACUGCACAACUGUCUUCUAUAACAUCAUGAAGAAUCAUUCAGAUCUCUACUACUUCAGACUGGAAAUGGAGCCAAAUGUGUUCAGAGCAACGUUUAACACCAAUCAACAUGGUUCAAGAAAGACUGUGAAGAUCACUGUCAGAGAUUCACCACAACCUCCUGAACUUAAACCCAGUGAUCAACUCUAUGUGAUGGAGGAAACAACAGUCAAUCUGAACUGCUCUGCUGAAGCCCCCUGCCCCAAACAACCUCCUACAAUAUCCUGGUCCAACAUCCCUGAAUCUGCCAACAUUACAACACAGUUACAGGAGAAACCUGAUAAAACCCUGUCAGUGUUUUCACACAUGACCUUCAAAGCUUCAUACAUGGAUCACAGAAGGAACAUCUCCUGCACUGCUACAUAUCCAAGAAAUACACCUGAAGACUCAACCGUGGAGACCACUGUGAUGCUACGAGUCCUGUUUCCUCCUAAAGAAACUCACAUCACCAUCGAUUCAUCUGCUUCAGUUUCUGUUGGCACUAAUGUGACUUUGACCUGCAAAAGCAAAGCUGUGCCAUCAAAUGAAAUGAGCUACACCUGGUACAAACAUGGAUAUGAGAUGCCUAUAGCUCGGGGAAAGAAGAUUAGUUUCAUAGUAACUCAUAAUAAUACAGGCUCAUACUUCUGCAUUGCACAAAAUAAACAUGGAAACCAGUCAUCAGCAGAGAUCCAGCUCACAGUUGAAGGACAAGAUGGACUUUCUGUACCUCUGAUUGCUGGUUGUGUGGGAGGAAUUGUGGCAGUGCUCACUCUCUCUGCUCUUGGUUUUUGUACAAGGAGAAAAAAAUUCAAUAAAUCCAAUGCCACUGAGAAGGAUCCUUCUGAUCAGAUUAAUAUCACAGACGUGGAUUAUGUCAACACUGCCAGAAACAUCACGAUCAAUGAACAGAUUUCUGAUGAUGAAACACUGAUCAUCUACUAUGAAAAGACUGACAUCUCAAAGCAGCAGAACUACUGCAUCACAGAGACAUACUUCAAACAUGGUGAAUACACAGAAAUAGAGUACAGAGUAUUUCAGGAUUUGUAGGCUCACUUAAGGCCAAUUCACACUGCACCAACAGACGCAGUUACCCCUGUUGGCAUCUGUCGCUGUUGGUCGGCGCUUGUUUUCAAUCAUUCAAUUGGCGUUUGUCAGGUCAUGGAAUGUCUUGAGAAGUGAUGUACUAUAAUCUGUUGACUGUCCGUGCUGGACUCUGUCUGUCAGUGCAGUGUGAAUUGACCUAUACAGUGGGUAUAAAAAGUCUACUCACCCCUGUUCAAAUUGCAGAUUUUUUUCUUUUUUGAUUUUUGAAAAAUUAAUCCAAGUAAUAAAUGUCAAGAAACUCUUAAGAGAAACUCUUAAGAAAAAUGUUUAGGGAAAAAACAAACCUAAAAUUUCCUGUUUGCAUAAAUGUGCACACUGUUUGCAAUUAACCAAAUACAUUCAAACUCUUACUAAAAAGUCAUCAUUUGAAUGAUGCUGAUUAACCCUGAAUAAAAACUCCACUCUUUCUGGAUUCUGUACAAUCUUCUUGACCUUAUUGCUGAAGCCAUAGCCCACAAUGAGCUUUCAAGGGAUGUGCGGGAUCUCAUUGUGAAGAGGUACCAAUCAGGAGAAGGGUACAGAAUGUACAAUGAAAUGAAGGCCAUCAUCAACAAGUGGAGACAAGGGGGCACCACAAUGACAUUCUAAAGAACAGGGAACCUGUCGAAAAUGGAUGUAAAAACAAGAUGAAAAGUUAUCAAGGAGGAUGCCAAGAGACUUAAGCCAUGUUUCCACCACAGAAACUUUCCCCAGGAACUAGGAACUUUGGGCUGGUAUACUCAGUGUGUUUCAACCGCAGGAACCAGGGUCUAAAUGAAGUUCCGGGUAAAAAAUUCCCUCUCAGAAAGUACCUGCUUGCUAGGUAGUACUUUUUCAAAGUUCCGGAACUUUCGGGGGUGGAACUUGGGCGCUGAACAUGCUGAUUGGUUGAGUUCACGCAGCAUUUUUAUUGGUUGACUCCAUGCAGCAUUUUAUUUCAACCAUCGUUUUUUAAAGUCUGUUGCGGUGCGUGCAGUAAGAGUUGUUUGUUAUUCGAAUCAACAGUGGAGUUUAAAAAUACGACAGAUGGACUGAUGAUGAGGGUUAGGCUUUAUUAUGUUUAUACGCAGAGGAUGAAAUCCAGCGGGAACUGGAAAGUCGUGCGCAGUCCUACGUCACCGGACUAUCUUCACGGUACUUUAGACUGCUAUGGAAACCCAGCUAUCAGUAGGUCUGGGGGAAAAAAGGUUCCUGGGAAAAAGGUUGCUGGGACAAAUUGUUCUGGGUAAUUUUGGUGGAAACACGGCUUUAUAGUAACAUUAAAGGACCUUCAUAUAUCCUUCAAAUAUCCUGCAUCCUGUAUUUUUCGUAUGUCUGGGAUAUGAGGUAGGGUGGCCAGACAGAAGCCAUUAAUCAUAAAAAAAAAAAAAAAAAAAUCAGAGCCCUUCUAAAUUUUGUCAAAACCAUGUGGCAAAAAUCUGUAUGGACAGAACUUUUAGGCCAUAAUCAGAUUCCAAAAAUUAAAUACUUGUAAUUAUAUUAUAUUACAUUUUAAAAUACUUGCAAUCAGACUACAGUUACAUUUUUUUUACUGCACGCACAGAACAUAGACUGUAAAAAAAGAUAUACAACGAACCUUGAUUCUCUUCUAUAGAAAAGUGAAGCUGGCAAUGUCCCAACUUGGUGCUGACAUCUUGGAACCCAAGUCUGCGUUCCAAAGUUCCAAUCUCCUCCCGAAGAUCCCCAAAAAAAGUCAAUUGGUGCCUCAAUGACUACUUUGGUCAAAAAAGCUGUCAAUCUUAGCUGUCAAUCAUUAUGUCACACCUCAGUUUUUAUAGCAUCAAAUAACUAACUAAAACCAAACUUAUUUAAAAAAUGAACACUUGAACUUACAUCAGUGUGAUAAAAACUACCUAAAAUGACAGAAACCAUCUUUGAAAAAAAAAAUGUAUUUGAAGUGUAAUUUUGUUUAGUUUGUCUCACGUCCCAUUUGAUUACAUGGAGAGGGGUGAUCAAAACGUUUUAGCUUCACUUUUCAGCACUUGUGUGGUUAGGUCAAAAGUAAUCUAAAAGUAAUUAAAAAGUAGUCAGAUUAUAUUACCUUAAAUCAGUACCAACCACAAUUUGAAAGUAAUCAACCCAGCACUGACCACGAUAAAGUACUGAACUCAAUUUUGAAACGUAAAAUACACACCGGCAGAAGUCAAAAGCUAAAUGUAGGCUAUAAACAAACUACACCAUGGUCACAUGACGUCAGCACCAUUAAGCCUCCGACAACUCUUUCAGUCUUAAAAAAUCUUCAAUCUUGUUCAAAAACAUUUUAUGAAACUUUAGGUUUGUUCUUUUUUUUCUCUUCAUUUUUCACGUAAGAAUACAAUUUUACACAACAUACGUGUCUCAUAAGCUAGAAUUCAGUCUUAAAAUAGUGUAGUUAGUAUUAGUUAGUAUGGUUGACUUUAUUGAUGAGCACUGAAAAAAAAAAGUUUGCAAAAGCAUAGGGUACACAAUAAGCAAUGAAUGAGCGUUCAAAUGCUAACAUUUAUCAGCAAUAUCAAACAAACAUUCAUGCAUUGCCUUUCCUUGUUUGAUAUGACCUUUUAAACAUUGUUAUUGUAUUUGAAUUUAUCUGCAUAUUCUUGUGUUAUGGCUUCCAUUUUCUCUGAAUGAAUGACAAACAUUUAAGCACAGAAUGAACAAAGGUAGAUUCAUAAUAUCUCGUCCUGUAGUGCUGCUGGGAAAUCGUCAAGAGAACAUCACGUCACUCAGUGUUUAACAGAUCUCACAUAGAGGAAGACAUCUUCAUGAACUUCUGCUUUUCUUUGACUGCACUGCUCUGAGAGCUCCAGUGAUGUCUGUGUUCCAGAUCAUGUCCUUCAUCAUCAUCAUCAUCAUCAGCUCUGUGUUUCUGCACACUCACUCAGCUGAUAAUCUCUACUCUGCUAUGAUGCCUCAGACAGUAACAGCUCUGACAGGCUCUUGUGUGCAGAUUCCUUGCACAUUCAACAUUUCCAAUUUUGAGGAUAAAUGUAUCAAGUCAAUAUCUAUUAAUGGGAUCUGGCUGAAAAAUAAAUCACAGUUUGCUGCCAGUGAUGGCUUCAUAGCUUUUAAUAGCAGUGAAAACAUCAUUAGAGGAUUCAGUGACAUACAGAUAACUGGAAAUCUCAGUGAGAGAAACUGCACAACUGUCUUCUAUAACAUCAUGAAGAAUCAUUCAGAUCUCUACUACUUCAGACUGGAAAUGGAGCCAGAUGUGUUCAGAGCAACGUUUUUCCUCGAUCAAGCUAAAUCAACUGAUUCAAAAAAGACUGUGAAGAUCACUGUCAUAGAUUCACCACAACCUCUCAUCCUUAAACCCACUGAUCUGAAAGAAGUGACGGAGAACACAACAGUCAAUCUGAACUGCUCUGCUGAAGCCCCCUGCCCCAAACAUCCUCCUACAAUAUCCUGGUCCAAUAUCCCUGAAUCUGCCCACAUUACAACACAGUUACAGGAGAAACCUGAUAAAACCCAGACCAGGACAAAGACACACAGGGGAGACAAUGUUGGAGAAGAAGAGACCUUGAAUCAGGUUUGUGAACUUCCUCAAACACCAGUCAUUUCACACGACUGCACGAACAACCACAACGCUUUUAUAUAG